AUGGCUUCGUGCAUUCCAUCGCGCUCGCGAACACUGGCCUCUACAGGCCGAAGACUCUUGACCACCGGCACGAAGCAGUCCGCGGCAGCUGCACAAGGCCAGAAGAAAGAAGGAGACAUAUCUGAUGCCUUCGCUUCACUUUCAGGUCUAACGUUUAGACCACUGGAGCCGCGCUUCGCAGAUCUAAAACAUCGCCUUGUCGCUGGGAUCGAAGAAGCCUUGCAAGACAGCUGGAACAAAUUACUAGCUUCUCUACGAGAAGAGAUACCACUAAUAGCUGAGCUUGGACCAAAAAUUGUUCCCUCGAUCGACUUCAAGGACCUCGCAAAUGCUAGCCCAGAGUUUCGAACAGAGCACAAGAAGCGCGGCGUAGCUGUGAUCCGCAAUGUCAUUCCCCAACAGGAAGCUCUGGACCUCAAGCAGGAGCUACGGGACUACAUCGCCGCCAAUCCGCAGACCAAAGCAUUUCCACAGGAUAAUCCGCAGGUUUACGAGCUCUACUGGUCACCUAGUCAGAUCAAGGCUCGGUCACAUCCGAAUUUGAUUCAAGCUCAACGCUUUUUGAUGGAGUUCUGGCAUUCGAGAGAUCCAAAUGCUCUCAUCUCGAGCAGCCAUCCAUUGAUAUAUGCCGACCGGCUACGGAUGAGAUUACCUGGUGAUGCCAAGUUCGCGCUGGGUCCACAUAUUGAUGGUGGCAGCUGUGAGCGGUGGGAAGAGAGCGGCUAUGGCAGAGGAGGUGUUUACGAUGCGAUUUGGAAGGGCAGAUGGUGGGAGUACGAUCCUUGGGAGUCGAGCUGUCGUCUCCCUGUUGUGUCGGAUCUGUAUAAUGGUGUGGGGGCCUGCUCAAUGUUUCGAAUGUUCCAAGGAUGGUUGAGCAUGUCUGAGACCGGUCCUUACGAGGGCACACUAUUGGUCAAUCCUCUUCUGAGCCGCGCGACUGCUUACUUUCUACUGCGGCCAUUCUUCUCGCCAAAGAAGCAAGCCGCUGAUCCUACCGCGGAGCAUUUCGAGGAGUCGUUCCUUGACUCGAACAACUGGGAACUCGAGUCUCCCUCGUCUUCAUGGCUCCACGGUGCUACACCCGGCCAUGGCCAAGAACUCCGCGCCGCAUUACAUCCUCAUCUCGACUUGCCAUGGUCCAUGGUCCAUAUGCCAAAGGUCAACCCAGGCGAUUACGUGAGCUGGCAUUGCGACACGAUCCAUGCCGUCGAUAAGGUUCAUGCUGGGAAAAGUGAUAGCUCUGUUAUGUACAUUCCUGCCUGCCCUCUGACAGUACAAAACGCCGACUUUGUCGGCCGCCAACGCGAUGCGUUCCUCCAGGGUUACCCUUGUCCAGACUUUGGUGGCGGCGUAGGUGAGAGUAAGCAUGUCGGUCGUCCAGGCGCGAAGGACGUGGAGGAGGUCGACCCAGAAGACGGUAUGAGAGCUUUCGGGCUCAAAGCAUGGGAUAGUGAAGAAAGCGGCCUCACAAUGGGACAACGCGAGGUCAUGGAUCGUGCCAACAAGCUUUGGGACUUUUAUGCUUGA